CGCCGGACGCCGGACGUGGGGCGGGGGCGGCCGUUGACCCGGCGACCGCGGCGCCGCCCGAGGCGGGAGUGGGCCCCGCUCGCUCCUCCGCGCGAGCCCCCCUCCCUCUGGGCGCCGGGCGCCGCGCCCCCCGCGGGCGGCCGGGGUCCGGCGGGGCCGGGCGGCCAUGAGCGCCAACCCCCAGUGGGACGUCCGCCGCGCGCUGCGAGUGGCGCGGCUCUUCCAGCUGCUGUGCGGGGCCCGGGAGGCCGCGGUGACCCCGUUCCUGACCCUCUACCUGAGGCAGCUGGGCCUGGCCGCGCCCUGGGUGGGCCUGCUCAUGGGGACCAAGCACCUGAUCGCAGCCUUCUGGGCCCCGUUCUGUGCCUUCCUGGCCCGAAGCUACCGGAACAGGAGGGCGCUUCUGAUGGGCUCGCUGCUGGGCUCGGGGGCAGCCAGCCUGCUGAUGGCGCUGGUGCCGCCGCGGGACAGAGCCCCGGGCGACCGCGCCUGCAACCGCAGCCGCGGCGCGGCCCCCGCCGUCCUGCCGCCGGAGGUCGCGCUCACCGGGACCUCGGCCCCGGCCCGACCGGCCUCGCGCAGCCCGGCGCGGGCCCCCAGCCUCCCAGCCGAGAGCAGCGCUGGGACCGGGGACGCCUCCGGCUUCAGAACGGGACCACGGGAAAGUGUCCGAGAACCUGUCAGUCAUCCGCCCAGACACUUGGUGGGCUCUGCUGAAGGAGCCAGGACCACACCCGAAGUUCUCCAGCCUAUCACCCCAGCGCUGAAAAACACUCCCUGGGAAGGCGCUUUUAAGGGGGUCAGUACUGCCCACCCUUUGCUUGCUGGGGGUUCAGCCCUGGGAAGUCCAGCCAACUUGUCAGCAGCCAAGGGGAACUCGGGAGACCUUGAUUUCUCCUGGGAAGGGUUGCGAUGGACUUUCAUUCUCUCCUUGGGGUUCAUGGUGCUCUGGGAGCUGCUGGCAGCCCCUCUGCAGCAGGUGGCGGAUGACAGCCUAUUCGAAUACCUGGACUUUGUGGACGCCACUGACCGUUACAGAAACCUGUGGUUCUGGAGGCUGCUGGGCACGUCAGCAGGCGUGUGUGGCAUCGCAGCCUUGGUGGAGCAGCUGGACUGCUUCCUGAUGACGAGUGGCCCCCCGGGUGUGGUGCACUUCUAUGGCUACUCGCUGGUCAGCAGCCUGGCGUUACUGGUGAGCAUUGCUUUUCCUGUCCCCAAAUGCAGGCAGCGGGAGCCCAGCUACAGAGCCGUCAAAGCACUGUCUCUGAUAGAGGGCGACCCCCGCCUCAUUCUCCUAGCCUCUACUGUCUUUGUGAUAGGAGCCAUCACCAGCACAGUACAGAACUUCCUAUUCUGGCACAUGAAGGACCAUGGGAGCAGCGAGCUGGUCAUGGGUUUCUCAGUUGCCCUGGGCUUGCUGGGGGAAAUUCUGCUUCAUCCGUUCAAAACCACGUUGCUUAGGAAACUGUCCAGAGCAGGCACGGUGGGGCUGGGGCUGGGCUGCCUCUCGGGGCAGCUGCUGUACUACUCUUUCCUCUGGAGCUGGUGGUCCGUCCUCCCCGUUCAGAUCCUGAGUGCUGUCAGCAACGGGGCUCUGUGGUGGGCAGUGGGGGCUUCCAUAGAGGACCUGGCCACUCCCAGAACGGAGAGACCUCUGAGAGCAGUGUUUGAAGGUCACUUCUAUGGGGGCGGAGCCAGCCUGGGGAGUUUUGUGGGGGGCUUCGUGGUGCGGCACUUCAGCCUGGCCGCCCUCUACCAGGCCAGCUGCGUGGUGCUGUUGCUCUGGCUGAUUCUGUUCCUGUCCAUCUGGCCAAGACUGCCCCAGGAGCGGCAAAUCAACUACUCAAAGCUGCUGACCAUGGAGGCAAGUGACACAAGCGACUCUGAGCAGGGGAUGGAACCGGACUGGCUUGUGAAGGCCAUGAGGGAGGACCUCUCAAACUGGAAGGGCUGAGGGAACAUCGGGAUGUGCCGACCUGGGGAGGAGCCAGAACACUGGACGGAACUCAGCCUGCUGAGGACAAAAUCCCCAAGUCCUGCCUGGGGCUGCUGGGAGCUGAGGAAGAGAGAAAGUGUCUUUAUGUUGAAGCCCCACAGGUUCAUCUCACUGACUGUAUGAUUUUCUUCACUUGGAUAGUAAAAGGGAACUUCAUUUUUUGCAGUUCAAUUUUUUUAAUAAUAGAGGAAAAAUACAUUUGCUAAAAACCAAA